AUGGUCGAGGCCUUGCAGUCCCCGACCAACAAGCGCUUCGACGCGCUCAGCGCGCUCGACAACGCGCAGUUCUCCAAGGCCCACGUCAAGGCCAUCCUCGUGGCCGGCUCGGGCUUCUUCGUCGACUCGUACGACAACUUCGUCAUCGGCCUCAUGGUGCCCAUGAUCGCCUACGAGUACUUCGGCAAGUCGAGCCUCUCGUCGCGCGCCGACGGCUGGGUCAAGGCCGCGUCGUCCUACGGCAACGCCGUGGGCCAGAUCUCCUUCGCCAUCCUCGGCGACAUCCUCGGCCGCAAGCGCAUCUACGGCAUUGAGCUCAUGGUGCUCAUCGGCGGCGCGCUGCUGUGCGCCUUCGCGUCGUGGCCCGUGAACGGCGAGGGCAACAACCUGCUCAUCAUGCUCAGCAUCUGGCGCUUCGUGCUGGGCGUCGGCAUCGGCGGAGACUACCCCGUGUCCGCGGUCAUCACCAGCGAGUUCGCGUCGUCCAAGCGCCGCGGCACCAUGAUCGCCACCGUCUUCGCCAUGCAGGGCCUCGGCAUCAUCGCGGGCGCCGUCAUGGCCAUCAUCGUGCUGGCGGCCGCCAAGGACAGCAUCCUCGACAACGGCGCGUCGUCGCUCGGCUACUGCUGGCGCACGCUCGCAGCCUUCGGAGCGGUGCCGGCGCUGGCCGCCGUGUACUGGCGCCUCAACAUCCCGGAGACGCCGCGGUACGCCAUGGACGUGCUCAACGACACGGAGGAGGGCGCGCGCGCCGCCACCCAGUUCCUGGCCUCCGACAAGCUCACCUCCGACAUGUACAGCCACACCGGCGACGACAAGUCGGGCUUCUUCGAGAACUUCUCGUACUCGUUCCGCAACUACUUCAACAAGUGGGCCCACCUCAAGGUGCUCAUCGGCUGUGCCGCGGCCUGGUUCUUCCUGGACAUCGGCUACUACGGCACGUCGCUCAACACGUCCGUGGUGCUCGAGAUCAUCGGCUACGGCAGCGCCACGUCCACGGGCAACCAGAAGAUCUACGACGACCUGUGGAACCGAUCCGUGGGCACGGCCAUCAUCAACCUGGCCGGCACGGUGCCCGGCUACUGGUUCACGGUCUACUUCGUGGACAAGUGGGGCCGCAAGCCCAUCCAGUACAUGGGCUUCUCGCUGCUCACACUGCUUUUCCUCUUCAUGGCCAUCUUCCUCGACGAGCUCAAGACCGACAGCACGGCCGUCUUCGUCGUCAUGUACUCGUUCGCGCAGUUCUUCUUCAACUUCGGCCCCAACGCCACGACCUUCAUCAUCCCGGCCGAGGUCUUCCCGACGGCCGUGCGCUCGACGGGCCACGGCAUUUCCGCCGCCUCGGGCAAGGUGGGCGCCAUCAUCGCCGCGCAGUGCUUCGCGGUGAUCGCCAAGGGCUCGUUCGGCUUCAAGGGCGUGCUCUACAUCUUCGCGGCGUGCUGCUUCUUCGGCCUGCUCUUCUCCUUCUGGGUGCCCGAGACCAAGAACCUGACGCUGGAGGAGCUGAGCUCGCUGGACGAGGACGGCGUCGCGAAGGAAGACGACGUGGAACCAAGCUACAAGGCGAUUCACACACCUGGCGCCGCCGUGACUUGA